UGAACAUUGGUGUAUUUUAAUGUAAUAAUUUUAAAAGGACAAAAGUGAAUUAUAAAAUAUGAUCCUGUUGCUGUAUUUAAGCAUCGUGUCGACGAUAUUUUAUGUAGUUCAAACCCACCCAUCUUCUGACUAUUCGGAAACCAAGAUUAUUACAGAUACGUGCAAGGACAACGAGUUUCUGUUAUCAACUACUACUCAUUCCAGUCUAGAUUGUGGAAUUUCUUGUGGUGAGAAUGCUGAAUGUCGACGAUUUGUUUUCUGUUCGUCUAAAUCAACAUGUACUUUAUAUCAACAUGGUACUGAUUGUAUUAUAUCAGGUGAUUCUACUAGUUGUACUUGUUACAGAAAGAAUAUUGGAAGGAAUGCAGAUGAUACUACCACAUGUGCGGUGGGUUUCUAUGGUAACAACUGCCAGAACGUUGCCCAAGACUGUAAAGAUGCGUAUAACAAGAAUAUCCACUCGAGCUUUCAAAUUAAAGAUAUUCCCACGUAUAUAAAACCAACGAUUGCCGCAGAACCCGUUGAAGUAAAGUGUGGUUUCGGAAAUGGUGGAAGCACCCUAUUAAUGCACAGGAAAAGAUAUUGUAGCUUUAUCAACUUUAAUCGAUCAACUACAGAAUAUGAACAAAGGUUUGGGAACUUUGAUUCGAAUUAUUGGAUCGGAUUCAACACUCUACUUGAUAUUAUGCUUGGUUCACCGUCUACGUACAGGCUACAAAUUAUGGUAUUUAAUACUGCCUGGAUCCCUUGUUCGAUCUACUAUGAAGGAUUUCAGAUAGGAAAUAAAUCCUCAGGAUACAGCUUUGGUUCUAGUUCUACCACACCCUCUCCGGAUCACGCUGAUUGUGGUGAUUCAAUGACCGGAAGUUUGAAUUUAAUUGGCAAUCCAUUCUCUACUUAUGAUGAUGAUUAUACUGGCGUCAAUCAAUGUGCGAAUAGGCUUGGAGGUGGCUGGUGGUUCGAAGAUAGUCCUCAGUGUAGCAGAAGUUUCCUAACUGGCACAGUAGAUGGUUCUACGUCAGAUACGUUCUGGUUGGAUAAUCUAGAUGGAGAAUUACUGAAUAUGGUGAAAUUCGUCUUAACGAAGUAGUAUACUGGACUUUCCAAAAUUUUGGAUUCAGUUCUUAGAUGGAACUUGACUUUUAUAAACAUUAGUAUUACAUUUCAUCAUUAACACAGU